AUGAAUUCUCCUUUUGACGACUUUGCAACAUGGUUAGCAGUAUCAUCUAGCAUGAUAAGUACUCCAAAAGAGUUUGUGAAGUACGCUCCUGAUCUCAUUAAGUUCAUUUCUUCAGUAAUUGAAACAGGAAAUUUACCUGAUGAGAUUAAAGAGUAUACAGACAAUUUUCUUUCACAAAUUCAGACAGAGUUCUUGCCAAAGAUACUGAAACUAGGAGCAAUACCAAAGGAAUACAUAUCUUAUUACGUAAAUUUCCUCGAAUCAGUCCUUAGACUCGGAAAUUACGGAAUCAAAUCAAAUAAAACGAAAUUAAUUUAUAUAAUCGAAUACAUUCUUGCAAAUUUAGAGACUGGCCUCGCUCCAAGUAAUUCUGAUUCAAAACUCGAAGUAAAUUUACCAAAAUACAGUGCAGAGAUCGGAAUCUACCAGAAUGCUAUCGAACUCGUCAAAAAUGGCAUCGAUACUAUUGAUAAUCUUUAUUAUAUUACAAAUAUUUGCAUUAGAAUCUCAACUUUUGUUAAAGAUUACGAUUUUUGGGUAUUAGCCAACGUUACUACUGACGCUUUGACCAAAAUCGUCACGACAAUUAAGAUCAGAGAAGUAAAAACUCAAAUGGUUUCAAGAAUGUUCCAAAGUUUGAAAGCAAACGGCAUUAGUCAGCAAACAAUCGAUCCUGAUUUCAUACAAAAGUGGUUAAACUUACUUACAUUCAUGAUGAAGCCAGAAAUUUUCGAAAAAAGAUUAUUUGGCUUCCAAACAAUCAAAGAUCUCAUGGAAACACAAAAAACAGCCGAAAUUACUAAAACACUAUUCGCCAAGGACCCAUCUGUCCUCGAUGGCUCUGUUUUACAUGAAGAAUUUUGCAGUUACAUCGGAUAUCUUUUAAACCAACUUUGUUCUGCACAUCUUGUUGAAUUUUCCCUCAUUUCCAAGCUAUUCUCCAGAUAUUCUACACUCCAUAUCAGUGAAUUACCUAAGUUUUACUCGAUUUUCUCAACAAUUGCCAAAAUGAUCGACCAAUCGAUGCUUUCCGACUUUGUUGACCUCAUCAUAUCCCCACAGACCAAGGAAUCUCCAUGGUACACCAUGAUUGAAGGCGUUGGAACCACAUUAGGCGGAAGAAACGAUGCAAAAGCCGAAUUUAUGAAGUUAAGAGACUAUUUGAACACAUUGAAAGACGAUGGAGACAAGGAAGCACUGUCUACACUGAGCCAAAUCAUACAAUUCCAUCUUUCAGAAGAAGAAUUCAAAGAAUUGAUGGAAAAAAUGACAAAUUCGAAGAUAACGAUCGAAACAAUCGAACUCCUCAAGAAUAUUACGGCCAAUUAUCCACUCGGAAGCCAGGAAUUGGCAGAAAAUUUGGCAAAUACCGGAUUAGAUUUCGUAACAAAGGACAAGAUACCGGAAUUCAAUGUUGUAUACGAUUUCCUGUUCAAUGUCUGCUUCAUGAACCAAGUUCCCUUGAAUAAAGGGCAAAUCGAGAAAAUUUGGCCUUCCGCAGUCUCUUCUGAUGCCGGAAUCUCUACCUGCGUGCUUGCUUUCCUCAACAACAUGAGAGAUAUCUGCUUAAUUGAGCCAGAUGUCCUUUCCGAGGUCAUAAUUUCGAGUAAUCUUGAAUUAAAUUCAGGAUCAUUGCAGUUUAUCGUUAUGUUCAUCAAGGGAAUCAACGAUAUAUCAGUAGACCAGAUGCCACAAGUCGUAAAUGAAACAAUUACCCUCAGAGGAAAAAUUAUUGAAUAUCCUCUACAGUACGAAGAUGUUUUAUGGGAAUAUUGUUCACGUAGAUCGUCCAUACAUAAAGAGAUCUGCAGGAAUCUCUGCUAUUUCUACGCUUCAAACGAUGUUUCUGUUUCCGACAGAAAAAUUAUUUCUCUUUUCCUCAACAAAUGGGUUGAAAAGACCGAGAAAACUGUUCACAAGGACCAGAUGAUCGAAUUGCUCACAACAUUCAUUGAAAUUUUCGAGUAUCCGCUUGAUUUGGAUUCAUAUGACGUAAAAAGGCAUCAUCCGAACAACGAGAAGGUCUCAAUCCACAUCACCAGCCCAAUAUUGAGUCCUAUACCCAAUAUCCAGGUUCCUAUUGGCACUUCCAUCUCCGGAUUACACAUUAAAAUCUCAAAAUUGACAGGCGUUGAGCAAAAGAAGUUCAAUUUGACACAUACAUACGAACCUAUCAAUGCCUCCUUUAAGAUAAUGAAAGAAAUGACGAUCAUGGCCGUUACAAACACUAUAACUCCAGAAAAUCAUCCUCUUCCUCCGAUUAGAGAAGUAAUUCCAAGCCAAAUGAUACCGGAAGACGCGAAAACAAUGAACUUAUUAACAGAACUAAUUAAAAACAAUGUAACAAACGUCAAACAGAUCUUUGACAACAUUCCAACAUUGAAAACAACUUUGGAGAAAUUGAAAAUUUUGCCAUUUGUCAAAAAAUUUGAAUACAAAGAAUUUUUGGAUAUUUCGAAACCGAAUUUCUUCUUGUACAAUUUGGAUGGAUUAUCAAAUAAUAUGAACGAAGACCUCAAACAAGCUCUAGUAAGAACAGGAGGCUUCAAUUAUUUGAUACAACAAAUUCCAAAUUGUAAUUUCGAAAUAAUCGACCAAAUUACGAAUUUCAUUUCAAAGAAUUUGGAUUCUAAAGAUGAAUUCGCUCAAAUCGUUUUCGAUUUCGCUAUGCCUGCUCUGCCAAAAUUCUUCACUUCACCUGACCACUUUACUACAAUUUCUCAAUUUAUUUUAAGGUUUUUGAAUGGAAGUCAAAAAGUGAAGUGUUCAAAUCCAUCGAAAUACUUCGAUUAUUUGCUUUCAAAUAAUCAAGAAAACAUAAGAAUAAUGUAUAAGAGAAUUUUGACAAAUGUAGAAUUUGACAUGUCAGAAUUUUUGCCACUUUACGAGAAAGGUGGCACUUCUCAAUUUUUCGAAGUUUUCUCUUCUCACAUUAAUAAAGAAGAUGAAAAUUUGUCACUUUUCAUUGUAAAUUCCUUAAAACGUGACAUUUCUGAGAAUGUUUUAUUACUUACGAAAGAGUUGAUAUCGAGAAAACUACUGUCAAAUGAACACAAGAAGGAAAUAAUUGAUUUGUUGAUCGACCAAUUUGUCACUUUUGAUCGUAAACAGAGUUAUUCAAAAGAGAUCAAUUCGUUAGCCAUGAAAAUAAUUUCUUUGGAGCCAAACGAAAAAUUAUUAAAUAAAUUGAAAGAUUUACAUGACAAGAAAAUUGAAUGGGACGAUAAGAAAUAUGACGGUGAUUUGAAUUUAACGAAAUCCGAUUAUGUUGGUUUGAUUAAUUUAGGAGCAACAUGUUUCUUGGAUUCCACAUUGCAGCAGUUCUUUAUGAUACCAGAAUUAAGAGAGAAAAUAAUUUCAUACAAAGGAGAUGAUGAAUUCAUGAAAGAACUGUCAAAUCUUUAUGCGAAAUUAUUCAUUGCUAAGACGAAUUGCAUAACUACAGAGCAUUUAGUUAAUAAAUGGAUAGGCUGGGAUGGAGAGAAAAUGAAUCCACACACACAACAAGAUGCUUAUGAAUUUGUUUUGAGUCUUUUGGAUAAACUAGAAAACGGUUUAGGAAAAGAUUUCAUACAAAACAUGUUCCAACAAACAACUUCUAAUUCAUUUGAUGGUUUGUCUGAACAAUACCAUUCAGAAUCAUAUGGAAAGAAUUACACUCUCUCGUUAGCUGUAAAAGAUUGCAGUUCUUUCGAUGAUUCCCUUGAAAAGUUUAACGCUGUUGAUUAUUUCACAAAUGAUAAUCAAUAUAAACCGUCCGGUUUCGAUCAUAAAAUUGAUGCUGUCAAAUCACAAAAAGUGACAGAUCUACCACCUCAUUUGAUCAUACAACUAAGUAGAUUUGAUUACAAUUACACAACAUGGGAAAGACUCAAAAUUAAUUCUGUUUUGGAAAUUCCUUUGCAAAUUGAUCUCAAAAAAGUGACAAAAAAUAUAAAAGUGACAAAAUUUAAUUUGAGGGGCGUGAUUUGUCACAUGGGCAGUGCCUUUUCUGGUCAUUACAUUUCGUAUAUUAAAGAAAGGAAAGUCAAUGGAAAAUGGUAUUGUUUCAAUGACUCUUCUGUUUCUUUAAUUGGCGAAAAAGAUGUUUUGAAGAAUUCUUCUGGCCAAGAAACAGGAAAAAGCGGAUAUUUGUUGUUCUAUGAUAGAGAAGACUUGAAAGAAACAGAAAAUGAAGAUAAAACAAAGAUAUUAGACCAGAUUUCUGAUGAAACAAAGAAAGCUGUCGAAAGAGAAAAUCUCAUUUUACAACAAACACAAUUGUUAUGCACACAAAGUUAUAAUGAAUUGAUGAUUAACUUGUCUGAAAACAAAGAUUAUAUACCAGUUGUUUUGAGAUAUUUCUUUGACACAAUUCCUUUCACAACGUUCAUGAGUUCUGUUGAAAAAAUUGGUAAAAACAUUUUAGAAAAAAUCGACAAAAAUGUUGAUAUUUCUAUCGUCAAAAGUGCCAUGAAAAAUAUCAUUUUGUCACCAAGUGAAAAAUUAAGAGAUUACGUGUCAAAAAUCAUCCUCAAAACUUCUGGAAUUGAUGUCACGUUUUGGUCGUCACUUUUACCAGAAUUAUUACAGAAAUAUUAUUACAUACAACAUUAUUUCAUUGUUUUUGACGGUUUGACAACAAAAAGUGACACAGAAGUAUUAGAGAAAGGCUUUGGAUUUUUAGAGAAAGACAUUCCAGAAUAUAAGAAACAGAAACCUGAUUUGAAAGAAACAUUUUUCAAUUCACAAAUUGAGAUUUCUUAUUUAUUCAAUGCUUUGUCUAAAUUUACAAUUCCUUAUGAACUGAAAGAGGAUUUACUUGAAUUUAUCUUUGGUACUAAGUCAGAUCCACAACACAUUGUUAACUUUUUGUUGGCGUUCGAGAAAAGAGAUGAAGUUUUCACAAAAUUCGAGAAUUUCAUCGAAAAACACUCAGUUUUCGUCAAAAACUUCGAAUUAUUGGCAACUUCAAUUAUGCUAAUUUACAAAGAAAACGGUUUUGACAUCAUGUCAAAAGUGAAGUGUAAAAUUGAAGAAAAUAUUGUUUCUGACAAAGACUUUACCACAAUUCAUGCAAUUUUAUCACUUUCACAACGCGAAUUAUACCUAGAAAACAUGGAUAAAUGGCUUCUUAAGUAUUUAGUCAAUGAUGUUGACACGAGAACAGCUUGCAUGCAAUUGAUUUCUUUCAUUUGUCCACUGGAUUCUUUCAAUUCAUGCACAACAUUGACAUAUAACAAGAAAUCCUACACAAUGAAGAAAUAUGAUAAUUACUUGCAAAAUGCACAAAAAGUGACAGAUUACAUGACUUCACAUUUGACAGAUUUCAUAUCACUUGUCAGAGAAAGUUAUGACAAAGGAAAUACUCAAUACAUUGGCCAGGAUUAUUUAAGAUGCUUGCAGUUUUUGUCGAAAGAAUGUAAGAUUGAUUAUUCUUUAGUUUACAAGUCAUUUUUUGAGUUAUCAGAGUUCAUGUUCGAUUACGAUGUUCACAUUAAAGAAUUUAUAGUUCUUUUACAAAAAAGUGACAUUGAAAUUCCAGAUGAAUUGCUACUUAAGAUGAUUCCACUUAAAUCUCUUGAAAACAACGCACUUUACAUCAAAAUGAUUAAUUUGUUCUCUUUGAUUUUGCCAAAAAUCCAUGAUGAUAAAAUUUCUGAAGAUUUUGCCAAAGAUUUUAUCAGAUUUUACGCAUUUCCUGUUGGUCCAUUUAUUAAAGUUCAUUAUGAUGUAAUUGUCACUUUUGUCGAUAGACUUUGUAAACUUCACAAAUCUGCUUUGAAGGCAUUUGUUUCAGAACUAAAUCUUGGAGAAUUAUAUGUUAAAAACUAUGGUGCAGUCAUUCACUUUUUGCAGAUGAUUGAUGAGAAAAGAGAGAUUUUGUCAUUACUUCCUCUUUCGAUUUCUAAAGUUCAAUAUUUCUCUCAGGACAAAUUACUUGAAAUCGCUUUCGAAACGAAUGAUUUCUCUAAGGAAUUGUCUGAGAAUUCUCAAUAUUUAGUCGCUGCUUUGGCGACCAAACAGACUCUUUCAAAAGAAAGUCGAAACAGAGUAUGGAAUUUCAUGAUAGAAAACAAAUUUAAUGUUGCGGAUUUCAUCAAGAAUUAUGCAGCAAAUGUAAUGAAAGAAGACUUCUAUGAGUUUGGAUUAUUCUUACUUACAGAUAUCAACGAAGUUUCCAAAUAUUCUUAUGUUUUCUCUUCAUCAAUCAAAUCUGCAAAAUUGGUUUUGAAUUUAAUUGACGUCAAAUCAAAGACAGUCAAAGAAUGGAGAGAAUUUAUUGUCAACGUUUUGAAGGUUGACAUUGAAAACGACGUGGAAACAAUGUCUAAGAUUAUGAAGAUUGUUCCUUUCAUUUGCGAAAGUGAAGAUGAUUUAAGAAAUGUUUUGUCACCUUUCCAUGAAAAAUUAAACGAAAAAUGCCAAUUUGUUUCAGAUAUCAUUGAAUACGAAGGAAAACCAAGAGAUAAUGAUUUGUCUGACUUAAUUAGUUAUCUCACAAUUGUUGAACGCCACAACAUGUACUCUGGACCUAUUAUCCAGAACGUCGGCUACUUAAUGAACUUAGUACACGACAGACAAGAAUACACAGAAAUCUAUAAGUUAUGUAGAAAAAUUAUAUUGGUUUAA